AUGAACAAGAUGAAAAACUUCAAGAGGAGGUUUUCACUCUCAGUUCCUCGGACAGAGACCAUUGAGGAGUCCCUGACAGAGUUCACAGAGCAGUUCAACCAGCUCAACAACCGCAGGAAUGAAGACCUGGCUCAAGGCCACCUGCAGCUGGGGCAGCUGGGCAGGGAGCUGGAGGCAGACAGCAGCCCCAUCUCCCCCUCGGAGCUGGAGGUGCAGUCCCCGGCGGCCGUGCGCUACCGCGGCAGCAGCCAGCGCCGCUUCUCCACCGAGGAUGUCAGCAAGCGUCUGUCCCUGCCCAUGGACAUCCGCCUGCCCCCCGAGUUCCUGCAGAAGCUGCAGAUGGAGAGCCCAGAGUUCCCCAAGCCCCUCAGCAGGAUGUCCAGAAGGGCUUCCCUCUCAGAUAUUGGGUUUGGGAAGCUGGAAACCUAUGUUAAACUGGACAAGCUGGGAGAGGGCACUUAUGCCACUGUCUUCAAGGGGCGCAGCAAGCUGACGGAGAACCUGGUGGCCCUGAAGGAGAUCCGCCUGGAGCACGAGGAGGGAGCACCUUGCACAGCCAUCCGGGAAGUGUCACUGCUGAAGAACCUGAAGCAUGCCAACAUCGUGACCCUGCAUGACAUCAUCCACACUGAGCGUUCCCUCACCCUGGUCUUCGAGUACCUGGAGAAUGACCUCAAACAGUACCUUGACAACUGUGGGAACCUGAUGAGUGUGCACAACGUGAAGAUCUUCAUGUUCCAGCUCCUGAGGGGUCUGGCUUACUGCCACGGGAGGAAGAUCCUGCACCGAGACCUCAAACCCCAGAACCUGCUGAUCAACGAGAGAGGAGAGCUCAAGCUGGCUGACUUUGGCUUAGCCAGAGCCAAGUCAGUCCCUACCAAAACAUAUUCCAACGAGGUGGUCACACUCUGGUACCGGCCCCCUGAUGUCCUCCUGGGAUCCACUGAGUACUCCACACCCAUCGACAUGUGGGGCGUUGGGUGCAUCCACUACGAGAUGGUCACUGGCCGGCCCAUGUUCCCUGGCUCCACGGUGAAGGAGGAGCUGCAUCUGAUCUUCAGGCUGCUGGGAACCCCAACAGAAGACACCUGGCCUGGAAUCACAUCCAACGAGGAGUUUAAGGCUUACAACUUCACACAGUACCGAGCCCAGCCCUUAAUAAACCAUGCCCCAAGGCUGGACUCAGAAGGCAUUGACUUGCUGACCAACCUUCUUCUGUAUGAAGCCAAAGGCAGGAUCUCGGCGGAGGCAGCCCUGCGGCAUUCGUACUUCAAGAGCCUGGGGGAGAGGAUCCAGCUCCUGCCUGACAAUGCCUCCAUCUUCUCCCUGAAGGAGAUCCAGCUUCAGAAGGACCCUGGCUACCGAGGCUCAGCCUUCCAGCAGUCAGCCCGAGGGAAGAACAGGAGGCAGAGCAUAUUUUAG